UCAGAUCGUGUCUUAGCGUUGUGCGUUGCCAAUUGAUGAUCGAUCCAUGCUAAUGUCUUUUAAACUUGAAUAUGAAAAUAACAGGCUACACCAAUGCCAAUACCAAUACCGAUACACUCGAGGAUCGUUUGCAUCGCAUGGAAGCCAUUGUCGGCGGAAUAGUCGAUGAUGAAUCAAAGGAUGGCUCCGACAUCGAUAAAGGAUCUCACGCUUCUGGAAGUGCGACCUCCUCAACUACAUCCACCAAGCCAAGGCGGCGGAAAUCAACCAAGAGUAACAUAAAGCCGACGUCCAUAAAGGCAACAGACCAAGAGUUGCAGCAGCAGAAGCAGCAACAAACUCGACAAAUCAAGCCAGAGCUUCAACAUAACCCUCCCUUACUUCAAGACUUCGCUCUUGAUCAACAGCUCCAACAACAGCAACACCAGCUAGUCGAAGAGUCAUUCCAGGCUCAGCAGCAGCUACAACAUCAAUUUAUGCAACCACAUCACCAACUUUCAUUUCAGAACCAUCUACUUGACAGGCAGCAGGACUCGAGUCAAAGUCCAGAUAGCGGGUCCAUCACACCCAUGGACGAUAUACAGCACGUUGUGGACCCUCACCUUAUCACUUCUCUUCAUCAAGACUUGUUGAAGGAGAACCCAUUCCAGUCAUUUAACUCGCCCUCACCUAUCCUCGGCUCAGAACAUUCUCAAGGCGAUCACGCUGAACGAUCACCCGGGGUGGACAUCCUGCCUCAGCUGGGCUUGAAUACGCCACCAUUACACGAUCUCGAUGCAUUGGAGGAGGAUAUGGGGCAUUUGACGUUGGACCACAAGGGGCACGAGCGUUAUGUCGGCAAGUCCUCACCAAUGUUCUACAAUCGCCGCCAUUGGGGUGGCUAUGCUAUACGGGAACGCGAGCAACCCGCAGCACGCAAAUUUGUCGAAAACCCUGAUUUACCGUCUCCAGGGCUGAUGACCAGGCUACUCAACUUACACUUUGCGUAUGUCCAUCCGUUUGCACCAGUCUUUGUCUGGUCAAAGUUCUUGAAGCGACUUCAGAACCGGGACUACUCUCCCUCGUUUCUAUUUCUGCUCAACGCGAUGUUUGCUCUUGCUUCUCGAUAUUCGGACGAUCUUUCGUUGAGGAUAGACCCAACGAAGCCAGAAACGGUGGGCAUUCGAUUCGUGGACAAGGCAAAGGAGAUUCUAGACACGAUUUACGAUGCACCCGAUAUGUACUGCGUCGGCGGGUUGGUGUUGCUGUCUUAUCAACAGAUGGGAACUGGAGGCGGGUAUCGUGCUUGGAUGUUCAUUGGCCUCGCUAUUCGUAUGGCACAGCAUUUGGGACUGAACCGCGAUUGCAUGAAGUUGAAUCCACACAUGCCUGUUCUGGACCGAGAAGAACGCAACCGAAUUUGGUGGACCUGCUUUGUCGCAGACCGCCUCGUUUCUGCAUCCUUCGGUCGUCCGCAGGGCAUUAACGAGCACGAUGUGGAUGCUACAUAUCCUGAAGGCAUUGACGAUGAAAAUACACUGUUGGAAUACCGCCUGGAAAAGUCGGCACCAGUGAUAACAGGGCCUUCACCGCACUCGGAAAAAAACUUUGUCUACAUGGCCUCGCUAACCAGGAUCAUGGGUAGGGUCAUGGUCAGCCUGUACAGUCCCUUGUCAAGGGCCUCAUUACAGUCUGGUUCAUCCAUGGUCAACCCUACACCGCUGGAACAACUGGACAAGGAGCUGACGGACUGGCUUCUGACACUGCCGCCUUACCUGCAGUUUCGAUCGGUUCAGCAGGAAUCCGGGACAUUCGUAUGCACCCUGCAUAUGACGUUUUAUGCGACGUUGAUUCUUCUGCACCGACCUUACAGUCAUCAGUCGCCGUACAACACCAACGAAUGGUCGAUUUCGCUUUCGAUCUGCACCUCUGCAGCGAACAAUACGAUUGAAAUGGCGAGUAACCUGAUGAGAACAACGGAUGAUCUGCGGGAUGUUCCUCGGCUGAAGUGUCUUUUGCACAGUGCGGUAUUUAUCUUUUUUACGGCCGGAAUUGUCCACAUCACGAAUUGUACAAGCAUGGAUCCUGUUUUGGCGGCAUCGGCGAAGCUGCGGACUGUGGAGACGCUCAGGUGUCUGUCGAUGAUUGAGGGUGUGUGGCUCAGCGGCAAAUGGUGCGGGGACAAUAUCAGGAAUUUGCUCAAAUCGCGCAACAUCGAAUUGCCUUGCUCCUCUGAAGGAUAUAAAUACACACCUCGCAAUGGAGCGGAUCCAGCUCCGGCAUUAAAUGGGACCAACCUGGCUCAAUGGGACACUCCCCCUGCAGUGCUGACGAUCCCGAAGGAACAAUCGUUCGCGUUUGACGUGAAUCAGAUCAUGGGAUACUAUCAGGCGCCAGGGAUCCGGCACGCAGAACCCAUGGGCCGUAAUUCGAGACAUUUCUCUCCAACGCCUUAUUUCAGCCCAGGAUCUCCACAUCAUAAUCAUAACCAUAAUCAGGUUCGGCCGCACCCGGGGUUGACACAAGGACAUGGACCUCUCCCGCGACGACCGAGACAGACCAAGAAUACGUCGCCUUCACCUAGUACGGCAAUACCGCCCUCAGGAAUUGCAGUACAACUGCCAAGUCAUCCGGCCAUGGAGCCUGCGUAUUCUGGAUCGUCGUCCGAGGCGAUUGUAGCGGCGGCAGCGGCGGCGGGGUCUGUUUUCUCGGGGUCGCCAGUAGCGGAGACGGCCGACCCAACUACGUUUUAUACGACAGCACCGUUGAUGGAUCCGUUUGCGGCACGUGGGACAGCAACAGUGUCGGUCGUGAAUGGACUUUCGGCGCAGACGGCUGCUUCUACUGCUGCGGAUACGUCGGGUCCAUUGAGCAUCUAUCGGAACCCGUUCUCGUCAGCGGUUUGGAACCUUCCGACGUCGAUCGAUAAUGACGAAUGGAUGCUGUAUAUGCAAAACAAUAAGGAUGGCGCGACCAGCAGCAGCGGCAGUAUUAAUGACAAUGGCAACAGUGGCAGCAACAAGGGUCAGAAUCAGAAUGGUGGGAACAGCAGCAAUAUCAGUAACAGCGGCGGUGGAAAUGGUAGUAGUGGUAUCAAGGCAAUGUCGUCGGAUCAGGUGUCACCUACGUUGCUGGACAACAAUAGUGUGAACUUGCAGAACGGUCUGACGGGCGUGAGCGCGAACACGGCGAUCGGGAACCGGAUGCAUCUUCAUCCGCAUCCGCUGGCGCAGAGUCUGACGCGGAGUGAACUUUUGGGUGGGACAGGAAGUGAAAGGAGCGUCCAUGGUAAUGGCGCAGAUGCGACGAACGCGAUACAACAACAAAAACAGCAACAGCUGGGACCUGGAAUGGCGACGCCGAAUGGGGCGUUGAUUGGAGGAGAGGGGUACUCGCCGCAGGACGCGUCACCUACACUGCAGCACCAGCAUCAGCACCAGCACCAACACCAACACCAGCACCAGCAUCAGCAUCAGCAUCAGCGCCAGCACCAGCAACAGCAACAGCAACAGCAACAGCAACAGCAACAGCAACAGCAACAGCAACAGCAACAGCAACAGCAACAUCAGCAGCAGGUUCAUCAACAGCUGCAGAGGCAACCGCUCGUGCCGUCGCAGAAUGGGCCUACGGACUUUACGUAUUUUAUGAAUAACUCGCAGACAGCGGUUUCUUCGCAGCCUUGGGAUACGUAAGCCGUGUCACAGCGCAAACCACCACCACUACUACUAUUCUUGUAUACUAGCUUUGUAUAUUCAUUAUCAUUAUUUUUUGCAUUCACAAAAAGAUAUAACCUCGGGAACAAUCCCUUGCGCGAACCAAAAAAACGAAGCCAAUAGAU